AUGGGUGAGAAGGGCGACAGCCAAUCAGAGGCGCGAGUUCCGCUUCCCGCGCGGGCGGGGGGAGGGGCCGGUCGCGGCAGAGGUGGUGUCACCCUGAGGAAACCUACCUCUUCUGUAGAGUUACAUAUUAGUAAUGAAUUAAUAGAAGUUAUUCCAAGUUCAAAUCCCUGCUCUCAGGCUGACAUAGAAGGACCUCUUUUACCUAUGAAGAAUGUUUUUAAAGGAGAAUCCACCCAAGACAAAUAUUUGAAGACUGACUAUGCUACUGAAUUUAAAGAACAAUGGCAAGAUUUAUGUAUGGAAGAGGAACUUGUUUUUAUUGAUAAUCUUGAAAAUUUUCAUAAAAACCUACCUACUUCAUCUGUACUUCUGAGCAGACUACAUUUUUUUUUAGUGAAAGAUCCCCUUUUAGAUUCUGAAGGACAAAAAUUAACAGAAGAUGACAUUUUCAGGGAAUGUUUGACUUUCCAAAAUGAAAUGGAGAUGCAAGAGUGUAAAAACGAGUUGCAGGGGAUUAAAGAGAACUUCUAUACCAUAUCUGUAAAAGACGAAGAGUAUUUCAUGUUGCCUAUUGAGUCAGAAUUCUGCAACCCCAGCAAUGACAGAUCAAAUUCUGUUAGGAUUCCAUCAUACCUGCAACUGAAGGAGCUGUUAAAUUUAGCUCCAGAAACUGUGGCUGAUGAAGACAUGUUCAAAGAGGUGAUCAAAGAAGAUCUGAAAGCGGAAAUUACAUACGAAACAGAAAUUUCCAAGUACUGUCCCAUACCACAAGAAGCUUGCUCCAGUAAUCGCAAAAGUAUGUUGGAAUUCUGUGAGUCAGCCAAAUAUGUUCCAUAUCUGAAAGACAAAAUGGAAGUACCUUUAACUCCACCAUGCAGACAACAAAGAUCAUGGGUUAAUUUUCUGUGCAUAGGACUUCAGGAAGAACCUAUUCCUAUUUCUGAUAACAGUAUUUUGAUUACAGAGCCCUCUAGGGAAUACUUGGAACGUUUGAUUUGGCAGUCAGAGAAGUAUCGGGAUAAUAUGAACGCUCUUUUGCUUGUUGAGCAUGAGACUGUUAAUCUUGUAUAUCAGCGACAUUCACUUACAGAACUGAAGGAAUUGCUACCACUUGAGGUAGAACCACCAAUGCUUGGCUCACUAGAGGAGGGCUGGUGGCUUCAUUUGGGUUUAAAUCCAGUCUCCAUAGAAACUUUGGAGCAAUUAAAUAUGGAUGUCAGUAAUACAAACAGUUUGGUUCCUACAGAAAUAGAAACAUUCACGCGAUUUACAUCAUAUCAGUUAGAAAGAUGGCUUGAAGAGAAGAAUUCCAUGACAAACCAGGAGCUGCUUUCUGCUGAAAGACAUCAGCCAGACAAAGUAAUUAAUCUUUACAUGUUACCACAGACUCAAAGGCAGCACUUUGCCCUGCAUAUGAGUGCUGCAUCAUCUGACAAAAUUAACAGUUCAGAUACAUCUGUGGAAGAGCUUACUGGAGGAAGCAUAAAAAAUAAUAAGGUAGAAGAGGCAAUUUAUUUCUUAAACCAAGAAAAGAAAACUUUCAAAUCAUCUGAAUCAGUCAGCUGUAAAGAUGUGUCUUGUAAACAAGACAACUCAUCCAAUAGUCAAAAACCCGCAUCAUUUGCACUUGCUACAAAAUGGGACAAUGAUGAUUCUGAUCUUAACAACUUUAUCAUGCUGAGAUCUAAACAUACACUCAGCCAUAGAGAGGAAAAAAAUUAUGUAGAUAGUCCUGAAAAAGUGCUACAACCUGAAGAACAGCAUAUGCAUAUUCACGAAGAGGACAGUUCUGUUUGUGAGACUGUAAGAAUAGAGGAAAAAGAACAAGAGAAUGAGCAUAGUGUCACAGUCAAUAUCAAAGCAUCAGAAAGCCAAUGCCAGGCAUACUGCCUCUUGGAAGAAGCAGCCACUCCUGUUCUAAAAGAUUUGACACAUCUGGGUGUACUUGCUUCUGUAAAUUGGAGCUUUGACAGCAUUAAAUUUGAUCACACAAGGUUUUUCUUAAAACAGCAGGAGAAAGUCAUAUGCGAUCGUUUUAAAGAAGGUAUAAAGGACGAGAAGGAAAUCAUGCUGUUCAGACAUGCUGCUCUGGUGCACCUGCUGGUGACAGUGCGAGAUCUUCUAUUAACAUGUGGCUUGGACACAGCACUAGGUUAUUUGUCCAAGGCAAAGGAUAUCUAUAAAACCAUCUUAGAAUCCUGUUUAAAUAGCAUCUGGAGGCAGUUGAAGAUUGUACAGUACAGCAGCCAGAAAAAGCAUGAAACAAAUCCCAAAAUAAGAGAGCUUCAGUGUCAAAUGUUGAAUUGGAUGCAAAGUUAUGGAGAGGAACACAAUGUUAAGAUACUAAUCAUAACAAGGAUGGACUCUGAGAGAGAAAAAGCUGCCCUCAUUCACACUUUAUCUAGCGUAGAAGGUUUAAAAUCUAUAGAUUUGAAUUCUGAGAAAAAAGGUACCCUUUUAGGUUGUAAAGAUAUCAUAAGCAAUAGAUAUUCCUGUAUUAUUGUACAUAAUCAACAAAUUGGAGCUGACUUCCCUUGGACACACUUCUCAUUAGUAAUGGAAUAUGAUUAUUCUGAAAACUCUUGCUGGAAAAAUCUGUGCAAAAAUCUGAAUGUUACUUACAUGACUUUUAAAACCACCCUCCCUGAAACAAUACAAGUGGGGAAUCACUGUGGUUCCUUUCUUCUGGAGGUACAGAUUCCAUAUGUAUUUCUGACAACUGAAGGUCUUCUUAAUAUGCCAGAUAUUCUUCAGCUUUUGGAAUCCAAGUACAGCAUUACCUUUGUUGAAAGAAGCAGUAGUUACGCCUUAAGGCUCUUUGGAAGUACGGAUCGAUAUGUUGUGUUAACAAUAGAUGAAUGUACAGCCAUCUUUUUGCAGAGUAUGGAAGAAUUAAAUUAUGAGAAAUCCUCUGACAAUGUAAUAUCGAAGUUGAUGGCGUUAUCACUCCAAUAUACGUGCUGUUGGAUUGUUUUCUAUUCCACAGAAAGACUGAGUUUAGAGUACAGUCUCAGGGGAGAUACUCUGCUUAACCUUGUCUCAAUUUAUGCCACUUUAAUUGAAUUUACACAGAAGACAGAAGACUUUGAAGUGAAGGUAGUUCUUAUGCCAGGAAUUGAAGAGACAGCAAUGGUAAUUCGUCAGAUUGCUGACAACAUUUUGGUAGCAUCUAAUAUCAGUCCUCAUAAGUGGUUGGACAAAUCCUGGAUUUCUGUCUUGCCAUCUGAG